CAUUUCUAUUUCCUUCGGCUUAUUAUUUGUUUUGUUGUGAUUUUCUAGAGUGAUGGUCAAGGAGAAGAGACCAAAGAAGAAGUACCCGUCGCGGUACAAGACGCUGUCGAAGAUGUCUCCGGUGAGUCCCGCCUUUUCGGGUUUAUAAUUAUUUUUAGUAUAUUUCCCAAUUUGAUAAAAGAGCUUCUUUCUCAACGUUCUACAAAAAAUAUUUAUAUCUUUUUUAUUUUUCUAAAUGCAUUUAGUUUCUGAAUCUUCGUUUGAUCAGGAUGCCUUUUGUAUUAGCGUGUUUUCCAGCCGACCUUUUGCAAGCGGAGAAGUCUUCACAAUGUCAAGAAUUGCUUGUUUAUCAAGCCCGUUCUUGGGAGCUUUUGCUGCCCAGCUACAAGCAAGUGUUCCCGGAGCUCCACCCCCGGAACCUGCUUAACAUCUUCAUCAAGCCACGACUGCUGAUGCCAAUUGUAGUCUUGACCGUGUCUGCUCCAAGGCAAGCACUCGUUGUCUUUGAGUGUCCCGCUCCCACCGUCGUGCUGGGGGAUAUCCUGUACCUGAUGUCAGCGGUUACCUUCGCCGCUCUUAUAUGCUUUGUUAUCAACUUCGUCAUGAAGAUGAAUAUCCAGUCGAAGGUCAAAUCCCUCCAGGGAGGCCGUCUUGCCAGCAUCACCGAGGUGCACCAUUUCCAAGAGAAGACAAGUGCUUGUCCAUCUAUUGCGUCGACAGACCGCCAAGAGAGUGAUGCUCUCGUAACCACCGAGGUGAACGUCCAGCCGUCCUCAUCCGUAAAGUCGAUUGUGACUGCAUCCUCUACAGGACUCAAGGAGCUCCGCCCUUUUGACCUGCGUGCAUCAUGGGACACACAAAGCCUCGAGCGACUUGCCGCUUGUGCAUCGCGCCAGGGGCGUCAAGUCACACUCCAUCCCUCACUCGGCGAGUCUUUGACCAGGUUGAUGAGACCCCUCAGCUUAGAGCUUGAGCAAAUGGAGCCUCCGUCAUCAGCUAAAAGACCUGUGCUUGUUACCAUGCAUGGUAGACAUGCAAUCUUUCGACGUUGCGUCAAGCUUCAUCUGAUGGAUUACUGCGCAACAAAACCAGACAACAUGUCUACGCUCUUAUCUUCUGUCAGCCAGGCGUCACAUGAUGAGCAUGAGUGGAUGGUGGCAGAGAUCUCUGAGCACCUUAAAGCUAACACAGUCAGUGUAACAACUCUGCAACUAGGCCUUGAGGGAAUUGGCAUGGGUUUCAUGGAUACAACAGCCCGCCCUCUAUCAGUGUCUGUAUUUGGAUGCUUGGAGGGGGAAGCUCAGGUCGAGACUAAACAAGACCAAGCUUACAUCAUGGCAAUUGAAGAAAUGUUCAAGCCGUCCUCGCGAGUGAAACAGAUGGUGACGGAAUUGCUUUCCGGUUUCAAGAAGCCUUACCUACCUCACAUUUUUGGAUCGUUGAAAACUCGAAGUGUUGAGGGACGCCGUCUUGCCAGCAUCACCGAGGUUCACCAUUUCCAAGAGAAGACUAGCGCUUGUCCAUCUAUUGCGUCGACAGACCGCCAAGAGAGUGAUGCUCUCGUAACCACCGAGGUGAACGUCCAGUCGUCCUCAUCCGUAAAGUCGAUUGUGACUGCAUCCUCUACAGGACUCAAGGAGCUCCGCCCUUUUGACCUGCGUGCAUCAUGGGACACACAAAGCCUCGAGAGCCUAGCAGCUUGUGCAUCGCGCCAGGGGCGUCAAGUCACACUCCAUCCCUCACUCGCCGAGUUUCUGAAUACGCUGAUGAGACCCCUCAGCUUAGAGCUUGAGCAAAUUGAGCCUCCGUCAUCAGCUAAAAGACCUGUGCUUGUUACCAUGCAUGGUAGACAUGCAAUCAUUCGACGUUGCGUCAAGGUUCAUCUGAUGGAUUACUGCGCAACAAAACCAGACAACAUGUCUACGCUCUUAUCUUCUGUCAGCCAGGCGUCACAUGAUGAGCAUGAGUGGAUGGUGGUAGAGAUCUCUGAGCACCUUAAAGCUAACACAGUCAGUGUAACAACUCUGCAACUAGGCCUUGAGGGAAUUGGCAUGGGUUUCAUGGAUACAACAGCCCGCCCUCUAUCAGUGUCUGUAUUUGGAUGCUUGGAGGGGGAAGCUCAGGUCGAGACUAAACAAGACCAAGCUUACAUCAUGGCAAUUGAAGAAAUGUUCAAGCCGUCCUCGCGAGUGAAACAGAUGGUGACGGAAUUGCUUUCCGGUUUCAAGAAGCCUUACCUACCUCACAUUUUUGGAUCGUUGAAAACUCGAAGUGUUGAGGGAGCUCGUCUUGCCAGCAUCACAGAGGUGCACCAGUUCCAAGAGAGGGCUGGUGCUUGUCCAUCUAUUGCGUCAACAGACCGCCAAGAGAGUGAUGCUCUCGUAACCACCGAGGUGAACGUCCAGCCGUCCUCAUCCGUAAAGUCGAUUGUGACUGCAUCCUCUACAGGACUCAAGGAGCUCCGCCCUUUUGAUCUGCGUGCAUCAUGGGACACACAAAGCCUCGAGAGACUUGCCGCUUGUGCAUCGCGCCAGGGGCGUCAAGUCACACUCCAUCCCUCACUCGGCGAGUCUUUGACCAGGUUGAUGAGACCCCUCAGCUUAGAGCUUGAGCAAAUGGAGCCUCCGUCAUCAGCUAAAAGACCUGUGCUUGUUACCAUGCAUGGUAGACAUGCAAUCAUUCGACGUCGCGUCAAGGUUCAUCUGAUGGAUUACUGCGGAACAGAACCAGACAACAAGUCUACCCUCCUAUCUUCUGUCAGCCAGGUGUCACAUGAUGAGCAUGAGUGGAUGGUGGCAGAGAUGUCUGAGCACCUUAAAGCUAACAAACUCAAUGUUUCCACUCUGCAACUAAACCUUGAGAGACUUGGCAUGGGUCUUAUGGAUAUGGCAGUCCGUUUUCUAUUAGAGCCUGGAUUUGGUAGCGGGAAGGAAGAAGCUCGUAAGGAAGAAUCCGAGGAGACGAAACAAUACCAAGCUUGUUUUAUAUCAACUGAAGAAAUGUUCUCGCCGGUGAGACAGAUGGUAAUCGAUUUACCUUCGGAUCGCAUGAAGCCCUACUUUCCUGGCAUUCGUGGAUCACGGAAGACUCAUCUAAUCUAUGACUGUGCCACAGCGCCAGAGCAUAUGGCAGCGCUUCCAUCGUCUGCCAUCCAGCUGUCGCGGAAUGACCAUCAGUGCGUGGUGGAAAAAAGUUCGGAUAGCCUCGAUGUAACUCCGGCAACAGAUCUUGCAAGAGCUGACGCAUGUUUUCCAGCUAUAGCAGUCCCUAAUCCAGUGUCUGUGCCUAAGUCAGCUUCGUUUGGGGAGGAACGUCAAGGCGAAAACCCUGAUCUUAAGCAUCAUGAAUGUUGUGAAGAAGAGCCUCAGUACCCAAUGACAGAGACGUUACCCAAAGGUAACGCAGACGGUGUUACUACGCUGGGAACAGAUUUUGCAGGAGAUUUACCAGAUACACCAUUCCCAGCACCAGUGUAUGAGUCUAAAUCAUCUUCGCUGGGAGAAGAAAGUAAAGGCGAAGACACUGCGCUAGAGCAGCACGAAUGUUGUGUAAAAGAGCCUAAGAGUUUAAUGUCAGAGACGUUACCCGAAGAUAUCACUGACGGUUUAUCUAUCCAGUAUAACCAGUAUCUCAAAAAGGACGAAGAGUCGUCAAGUGUAGAAGAACCACGGCUGGUCAUUGGAGUCGAAAAGGAUCGGGUAUCAAAGAAUGACAACGAUGCUAACCUAGCAACUGUAGCAGGUGUUGUGCAUACUCCAAAUGAAGGCGUUGAUCGGGAGCUUCCCUCGGAUCGCACAACUCCGAUGUCUACUAAUGAUGGGGACACUAGCAAAGAAAACCAGCAGCUCCUUCAUAAAUGCACCCAAGCACAGAAGAAGAAGGCGAAGCGCAAAAACCAAAGACCAAAAAUAUCUCAACGCAAAUCACGGACAGGGAAACAAGAGUGUCAAAAGAAAGAAAACGAACCAGAAUUAUCGGUAAUAGGAAAGGAAUCCAUCCUUCAUAACUUCAGAACAGAAGCUAUAGUCGAACAAGACGUCGUAUCUGCUAAGCAAUACCCCAUGACAGAGUCAUCAGACGCAAGAUCUGAUAAAAUCAGCCAUCAGGCUGAAGAUAGGACUCCUCAUAAGACGCCGACAGCUUCUGAACUAGCCGCAAGUAUAACGGAUGCACAAGAAGGGAAGGUCAAGGGGAGUAAUAAGCUCAACGUUCGGACAAAGCAGAGCAAGUCGAAAAACACGGAUGCAGAGGCUGAAUUAUUGUCUGUGCAAGGAGUUAAGAUCAAUCUCCGAGAGAGCAAAAACCAGAACAGAAAGGAAAGCAAAAAAAGGAAGCAUCGGAACAAUCAUGUCGAUGAUUACCCCAGAAAGGGCCACGCCUGUGGAGUAAUGGGUAGACCUUCCACGCCUUCCACCACCAAGAGGAGUUCAUACGCCACAGCGACCCAAAAGGGAAACAGCACAGGGAGAGAAAACCACAAAGAAUCAUACCAGAUGAAUGGUAUGGUACAAGAUGGUGCAAGAUCAAAUAAUAGCUUGGAUUUACGUGAUGGGAAGAGCAGCUCGCGUCUUCUCGUCAAGGCAAACAUGCACCAAGGGGAUGCAAGACUUAUCAUCCCAGGAGUUCAGUGUUGUUCCAUUGCUCUCUGUGCCAUCCUCAGGGCAUCCGGCAAAAGCCCAUUGCUCUGGACGCCCGAGGACAUGGACGAUAUAAUCCUCACCGGGGACAGAAAACACAGGGAGACCCAAGAAAAGAUGAAUCGCCCAAAAACCGCGUUUCUUCACAUUGACGAGAUAGAGCUAGAUAUCAAACUACGGGGUCGGCACUUCCACUUGAAGAGAAGUGAUGUAAUGUGUGGUGACAUCAUGAACGAUGGCACAGACAAGAGCAGCCCGCUACCAGGCAUUGAGAGUAGUAUUGAAACUCUAAGCGAGUAUGAUAUGUUUAUUGUUAGAUAUUUGUUGUAUACAAUCGCUCUAUUUAAGACAUCUCAAACAUGGUUGUUGUUUGACUCGCAUAAUCGCGAUCAGAAUGGAUUUAGACAUCCUGACGGAAAGGCCGUUCUUCUCGAGUUCAAGACUCUAAGAAGUGUUGCGUGUUACAUCAGGCGGUUCGUGAGUUCCAACGGCUUCAGUGACGAGACGAGUCCACGCCCGCUAGAUGAUUCGCAAUUGAGCUAUGAACUGGCCGGCAUAAAGGUUUCAGUCUUGAGCUGAACCAGGAUCCUUUGCGGGUGGCAAUUACUGGAGAUCCUUUGCUUACUAUUCUUAUAAUAUUGUAUAUUUUGUAUAUAGCUAAUAAAAUACGUUCAAUAUCA